GGCAGCAUGCACCAAACUCAUGCGCAAAAAUGAGAAGACUCACUCCAAUCCAUUUUAUCUUGGCAUGGCUCUUGCUUGCAGCUUCUCAAUACCCUUGCUUCACCAUGAGUGUCCAACCUGUCGAAUCAGUUCAUUUGAGGCUCACACAAGGGCAACCAAGCUCAAGGUCGCACAAUGGGGAUGCCUCAUCUAGUCGGUCCAAUAACCAAAAACAGCUUAAAGGAAAGAAGAUUCAUAAGACUCCGUCAAGCCCCAACCCUGUGGGGAAUCACCGCCCGCCGUUUAGACAUAAAUAGAUGGAUGAACUUGUACGUGCUGCAAAAGCUAGUAGAAGUUAGAAGUUUUAGUUUUACAGCACAUUUCGAGGAUUAAAAAAAGGUCAGAUAUAUCCAUGUAGCUUGAGAAGCUGUGUCUUUAGGAGUGUUACGCUUGUAUAAAAAUGGAAAUUAGUUGGGGGU